AUGUUCUGCAGGGUGUGGAGUCAGGCGCUGGUUCCGGCCCCGAGCGAUCGCCAGCCGCUGUGCCAGUGGCCGUGCAAAUGCGGCCCCAGGCCCCAGUGCCCCCCAGGGGUCAGCACGGUGCUGGACGGCUGCGGCUGCUGCAAGACCUGCGCGCGGCAGGUGGGCGAGGCCUGUGACGAGCGGCAUGUUUGCGACCCGCACAAAGGCAUGUACUGCGACUUCUCUGCCGACCGGCCGCGCUUCCAGAUCGGCGUGUGCGCUUACAUGAUGGCGGUGGGCUGUGACCUGAAUGGGAUUCUCUACGACAACGGUCAGGCCUUCCAGCCCAACCCGCUCUACAAGUGCAUGUGCAUCGCGGGUGCCAUCGGCUGUAUGCCGGCCUUCACCCAGAAGCCUGCAGGCCUGCUCGGUCCCGCCCCCCUCCGCGCCGCCGUGAACACUGCUAAACAGCAACAGGACACGAAUUACGGGACCAUGCCAGCUUACAGGGAUCGUCCUUUAGCCUGGAAGAAGAACUGCCUGGUCCAGUCCACUCCCUGGAGCCCAUGCUCUCGGACCUGCGGGAUCGGCAUCUCCAUUCGGGUCAACAACGACAACAGCAAGUGCGACAUGCGAAAAGAGCGGCGCCUCUGCCUUCUGAGGCCAUGUGACAAGGCCACGCUGAAGAAUGUGAAGAUUGCCAAAGGAAAGACCUGCCAGCCCAAGUUCCAGGCAAAGAAAGCAGAGAGGCUGCGGCUCUCGGGCUGCUUGAGCGUCCAGAGUUAUCGGCCCACCUACUGCGGCGUGUGCAGCGACCGCCGCUGCUGCGUCCCCAACGGCUCGCGCACCGUGUCGGUGCGCUUCAGCUGUGCGCCUGCAGGGGGCGGUGCCCCCACCAGCGUCCGCUGGAAGAUGCAGUGGAUCACGUCUUGCGUAUGCCAGAAGGCGUGCAGCCGACCUGGGGACAUGUUCACAGAGCUCCGUCUACUCUAGAACUCACCCGCACAGAGGCAGCACCCUCCCCCCAACUCACUCCCACGGGAUGCUGGGAGAAAUGCUGGGUCACCUGCUGGCCGCAUUCACUGACUGAUAGUGUGUUAAAGAGUGAAAGCAUUGUUUAGAAUAUAAAAGGAACUAUUGGUUACAAAAUAAGGAGAUGUGUGUGUGUUUUUUUUUUUUUAACACAAACUGGGAAACACUCCCCAUUGUGAAUUACAAGGACUUCAAAAGGGGGAAAAAACAGAGGAAUUAACCUCCAU